CAUGAGCGGACAUGACAGCCAUCCCCAUGCCUGUCACUCAUUCCUUUCUUCCCCUCCGCCCAUCAUUUAUCCAUCUUAGGGGGGGGGGAAAUAAGUCGAUCACUUUCUGUUCCGUCACUCUCAACCACAAAAAAAUACUUUAAAAAUCUCCCUCAUGCUGCCAAGAACUUUAGCUAUGAAUCAAUAUUUGUGACAUUUACACAUCUUCUUUCAUAACAUUAGCUGUCACUCGUAAAACCGUCUCGCCCCAAGCGGGGGCGGCUCCACCCCCUUCUCUCUGCGUGUGGAGCAUCAUUUUCUGUUGAGAUAUUACACCUCUUGCCGAGCCCAUGGACACCAGCGGCGUGUCCGUGCUGCUGUACAGGAGGUCCGAGCCCCGGGGGAAGGCGAGGCGGCGGGUUCAAGACGUGCGCGUCCCUUCCUCCUCUCGCCACGACGCCACGGCCUGCAGACCGGCUUUGGACUUGAGCCACAACGAGAGCGCCCGCCUGGCGGUGGACUCCCUGCUGAGCCGGGGCCUGGAGGGCUACCGCAAGGUGCUGAGCGCCGAGGGAGAAGUGGACUUUCUGUCGGCGCUGGAGAAGACUUACAUCCUGGAGCACGGGAGGGACGCAGCUGAUCCUGGUGCAGCUGAUGAUGGCGAUGAAGAGUUGGAGAGCUCGUCAGCUGAGUCCCAGUCUGCCACACGAUGUCCUGCAGUGUCCACAGACGGUGAUCCUCCUCGAGCAGAUGUGAAGCGGACUGAUGCGGUCCUGGGUGAGCCCAACGUUGAGGUUUAUUUGCAGUCUGACUCCAGGUCAGCCAGCAUGAAAGAUCUGGUCAGAGAGUUCAUCAGAAAAGCUGGAAAGGCCCUGGCCAUAGUGAUGGGCAGCUUCAGUGAUGUAGAGCUGCUCUGUGAUCUUCUGGAGGCGAGCAGGAAGAGGAAUGUGUCUGUCCAUCUGCUGCUGGAUCAUCUCAACCUGAACCUGUUCGUCAGCAUGUGGCAGAACCUCAAACUCGACAGCAAAAGCUUCCCCAAACUGUCAGUGCGCAGUGUGGAUGGACAAACCUAUUGUGCCAAGACGGGCAGGAAGCUGACUGGUCACAUUACAGAGACUUUUAUCAUCACUGACUGGACCGAGGCGCUGACCGGCUCAUACAGUUUCUGCUGGCUGUCCUGGCAGGUCCAUCGUAGUCUAGUUGUUCUUGUAAAGGGCAGCGCGGUCGUACCUUUCCACGAGGAAUUCCUCAGGCUGUACUCCAGCUCGAAGCCCAUCCCCAGCUUUGUGACUUUUAUCACUGUGCCUCGCACUCUUCCUCGUCACGCGGCUCAAAAAGCGAACGCCGAUGCCAACGAGUCGAGAUUAAGCCCGACGAGAACGACGUGCCACGAAGUUCGGAAACAAGACGCUCAAAAACCUGACUGUCUGGAUGCUCGGCCUCUCCACCGAGGAGGCAGUGGUACACCAACGCAUGAAGAACCUCUCGAGGUUCAACCUGUGGGCGAAGUCCUCACACAGCACGGCGCACAAAGAAAUGUGGAACCUCUGGUGAAGAAUCAGACCCCGAUCCGGAGUCACUCAAACCCUCUCAGGCUGACCCACGUCUCACACGUUCAGUAUCGGCUUAUCAACGCGACGUCCGAGAAGAACGCGAGGGCUCACGAGUCGACCCCUCGACACGCCGCACAAGGCCGGCACAGGAUCGGCGGCCAUCAAUCAACUUUCAAGGCUGAUCUCGAGUGCCAUAAUGUGGGUACUGAAGGCCUCUUGUUUUGGCAAAGGAAUGGGAACAGGUUGACGGAGCCAUCGGGGAUGGCCGCCGCAGGUCCGGACUCAAGAUGGCGACAAUGGGCCCGUUCACUUAAAGUUGACUUUCGGUCCGAUUAUCCCAAAGAACGGCCUCCUUCCACAACACAGCAGGCGAAGACUGGCCCGUGGUUCCCUUGGAGCCACCAAAGAGGACCGAUGUCUGGGCUACAAACGCACAUGUCUUCUCAAGAUCAGCCCCAGAGACGCCACCGACCCUGCACCCUUCCGGCAAACCCGGGAUCUUUUCUUAAACCUAAGCUCAAGUUGAACUCCAAGCUGUUCCCAUCCGGUACGGGAGCCACACUACAGCCCCACACGAGGCUAUACUGGAUGCCCCAGAGUCGCACUGAAAGACCCCGACCUCCGGCUCGCCAAAGCUUCUUCGGCGCCACUUACGGGACGGGGCAGACGACGGGCCUGAGGCGGUGUCACAGCGGUGUGGAUCCAUCAUCAGGAAGGAGCAUGACUGGCAGACACUCGGCCGGCUUCAAGCCAAACACGAGCAGCACCUGACGGGAAUAUACACUCAUUUGGACCUUUUGGUGUUCUGGAACCCGACGCAUGUAUUCAACCUCACACACACACACACACACACACACACACAGUAUAAUUAUACAGGUCAAUGAAACCGUGUAUUCAUCUGUUAAUGUGAAA